CAUACCGCGCCAAAAACGUGACAUGUUUACCCAAGCGCUUUGCCAUUGGCGGCCGAAGCUCUAUGACCGCGAGUGCAUCAGCAGGUCUGCACCAAAACGAAUACGAUACGAUGAGCUCACCCGCUAAUGAGCAUUGCGUGUGCCAGACCAAACAUGAUACCAAAGAACUUAGACUUCAUCCUGCGCGGCCGUUCGCACGGGCGAGACGCUCACUGCAGCGCAGCGCACCUAUCGGCAAUUGUUUGGACUUUCUUCAACUUCGUCGUAAGCGGACCCGUCUGUCGACGUGGGCGUCAGUCUACAGAAUGCACGGACACGAGGCAAUCACGCGACAAUGUCAGAGCGAAGUUGCAACCCUCUUAGCAACCGACUGACCGUCAAAGCCCGUGUCCUCUCAGCAACGCCGAAUUGAUGAAGUACUUGGCCUUUGUCCUGCUUGCGAGCCUAGCUAGCGCAGAUUUUGUCCCAUACAUUGACCUAUGCCAUGCAACCGUCGCAGUCCCCGCCCAGCCAAGCGUGUUUUCUUGCGGUUACCAAAUCCAAUCUGGCGACAAGCACAUCACAGGAGGCUUCAAGGGUAAUUGGAAUGACCAGUGGUGGGAUAUAGACUCGCUCGAUAGCAAGGCUUCACCGUCGGAUCCUCUGCAAGUAUGUUCUACAGGUCGUCAAUACCAACAAUUUGUCUUGGAGGGCACGCGUCCAGACUUGACUUUCGCCGUCAAUUUCUGGCUUCUGCCAGGUCUCACGCCCAAAGGCCAGACAUUUGUGAUCCAUGAGCUCUGGAUCAACGGCGAACAAGUCGCCGUGCCCCCGAUGACGGAUUAUGGUAUGUUUUGCAACAAAUACGGUCUCGAUAAGUUCCGCGGGCCGUAUAAAUGAUACUCAAGCGAUCCCGAUAGCCUCUCAAUGCUGUGCAUCUCGGCCCAAAUAAGGGUCGUUGUGUAACGAGAUCUUACAAGUCUACAGUCCUCGUGUGGAUGUCUGCAUGCGUGCUCAUUGAAAUGUCCUGCGUGUACUGCCUGUGUACUGUCCGAGAUGGCUGAACGAGUCGUGCGUGAUCGUGUCCGUUGAUCCCCAUUGGCUUGACCCAUUCAGGUGGCCGUAGGGAUCCAAGCGUGGCUUGCCAAUACUGACGAGCUUCGUGUCGUAGUCGUCGGACAGGCCGCCGACGCGCGAUGGCCUGCCAAGUCCGAAUGCUGCCCUGCUGAAUCGGUAUCCGCUAUCGCGCCUUUGCUGUACCAAUCUUCCAGCGGAGAUCAGAUAGACUGCUGCAAAUCCGG